CUAAAUUUUGCCUGAUCUUACAAAUAAACAGGCUUUUCUGGUUAUACCGGUAUAUGCUAUGACGCAGCCCACUGAACACCCAGUUAGGUUGGUGUGGGUUAUUUCGACAUAUGCUAUUUGCAUUUGUGUAAGUUUUAGGAAUACAGAGUAGGAAACAGCCUAAAAACAGUAGUAUUUUUCUAUUUCCCACAGUACUUUAGGCUUGAAUUUCAGAGUUGUGUUUGGUUGGAGUAAACGAGUCUAUGAAUAAUCCUACAGAUUUUGGUCAGUUCCAGUAUUUGUAGAAUGUGUACCCGCAAAGAAAGAUAUAUUUAAGAAGAAAACUUCAUGCACUUCAUGAGGUAAUAUAGGUAGAGGAAGAAACAACAGUGUGCACAGUGGUACCAACAUUUUCGAUGACAAGGCAUAUAUUCACGCAUCCUGUGAUGCAACGAGUCUACAGUUUUGCAAUACGUAGGAUGUCCUCAGACGCCAAACAGAUGAAGCUGAGUCCGGCCUUUUUCCACCAGUGCGUCACUGACAUUGGCGUUAACUUCUUCACCGGUGUCCCCGACUCCCUGCUCAGUGACUACUGUGCAUAUGUUCAGGUUAACGUUCCGGAAACAGAUCAUAUUAUUGCUGGUAAUGAGGGCAGCGCAGUGGGCCUGGCUGCAGGCUAUCAUUUAGCUACUGGGCAUCCAGGGCUUGUGUAUCUACAGAACUCAGGUCUAGGCAAUACAGUGAACCCCUUGAUGUCACUGACUUCUUCCAAAGUUUACAGUAUACCAAUGCUUCUUCUGAUUGGAUGGCGGGGUCAACCAGGGGUCAAGGACGAACCUCAACACUUUGCUCAAGGGCAGAUAACUCCAGAUAUGCUCAAUUUGAUGGACAUUCCAUGUAGAAUAUUGCCAAAGGAUGAAACAGCUGUCAAAAAGGUUAUACAAGAAGCUGACCAACAUUUCAAGACAAAGAAAUCCCCUUUCAGUAUAUUAGUGGAAGCUUCUACAUUUUCUAAAUACAAGCUACCUCAGUUACAGGCAAACUUCCCCCUACUGAGAGAAGAGGCCUUGAAUACUGUAGUAGAUAUUCUAGACGAUACCGAUAUUAUCGUUGCCACUACAGGAAAGCUGUCUCGGGAACUAUUUGAAUACAGAGAAGCCAAAGGAGAAGGUCAUGAGAAGGAAUUCCUCACUGUGGGGUCCAUGGGUCAUGCGUCUUCUAUAGCACUGGGCAUUGCUAACUUCCAGCCGCACAGGAAGGUUGUAUGUCUAGACGGUGAUGGUGCGGCACUGAUGCAUCUUGGUGCCUUUUCAACUGUUGGCCAGAGGGGGCCUUCAAACUUCAAACAUAUUAUCUUCAACAAUGGAUGUCAUGAUUCUGUUGGCGGUCAACCUACAGAAGCAAGCCACCAUGACACAUUUUCAUUUGGUGGUGUAGCACGGGCCUGCGGAUACAGAAAGACUCUAGUUGCCGAGACCAGAGAUGAGCUGGUCACAACCACCAGACAGCUGUUGGAGACCCCUGGGCCGGUUCUGCUGGAGAUUAAACUGUCCGUGGGUUCUCGAGGCAACCUGGGUCGACCAACACGAACUCCCAUAGAAAACAAGUCUGAUUUCAUGGAGCAUAUAGGGUCUGUUUGAUGAUCUCACUUUUCUAGUGCUGUUUUAGUGUACUGUGUUUAGCUUAACGUAUACUACGCAAGAUGUUUUUACAUGAAUAUGGUCAAUUUGUAAUUCUGUGACAGGUAAUUUUAGUCUGAUGAAAAACUUUAUUGUUCAUAUAUUUUAGUGUAUGUAUAUAUUUUCUAUUCUAUGCCCAUAAUUGUGAUGAUUAUGAUUUCAAUGGAGAACUAGGGGUGGGGC